AUGAAUGGAUCAGGACUGUUGGAGGAGCAAGGCUGGUAUACCUUAUAUACCAAACAAAUGCUUGAUAUUCUUAUUUUCCAAGCAAACAGUUAUUCUGGCAAUAUCUACUUAUUCAAUGAACAGAUUAGUACAAGCUUGGUGACAAAAUUCUACCAACAUGCACUGGCUUUGGCAUUUGCCAUCAAAGAGAUCAAUGAGAAUCACAAGACUUUGCCCAAUAUUACGCUAGGCCACCUUGUCUACGACAGCUACUACGAUGCAAGGCUGACGUAUCGGUCCAUGCUAGACCUGCUCUUCAAAACACAAAGCUUUGUUCCCAACUACAAGUGUGAUACCCAGAAUCACCUGAUAAGUGUCAUUGGUGGACUGGGCUCUGAUACCUCUUUCCAUAUGGAAGACAUUUUAAGCAUCUACAAGAUACCACAGCUCACAUAUGGAACAUUUGCCCUAGAAGACAGUGAUAUGAGGCAGGUUGUGUCCUUUUAUCGUGUGGUUUCAAAUGAAGCCUAUCAGUACAUGGGGAUUAUCCACUUGCUUCAACACUUCCAGUGGAGAUGGGUUGGUCUCUUUGUCAUAGAUGAUGACAGUGGAGAUCAUUUCCUGCAAGCCAUGGAGCCCCUGCUGUCCCGGAAUGGAAUCUGUUCAGCCUUUGAAGCAAGAAUCCCCAGACAGGGCCGUUUGCUGGCCAUAAAUGAACUCAAUGCAUUGGCCUCAAAAUUAUAUUUACCGUUAAUGGAUAGGAAAGCAAGAGCAUGUGUCAUCUAUGGUGAAACAUUGACCAUUAUGUGGUUGAGCACGUUACUCACUCUAGCAGAUCGUGAAUAUAAGGGAACAGCAAGUGCUGGGAACGUCUGGAUUAUGGCAGCCCAGAUUGAUUUUACACUCAUGGGUUUGAUUGUAAGUUGGGAUUUUCAGCUAUUCCAUGGGGCAAUUUCCUUUGCUAUUCCUUCUGAAGAACCUCUAGGGUUCCUCUCCUAUCUUCAGAAAAUAACACCAUUUGGGACACAAGGAGAUGGCUUUCUCAAGGAAUUCUGGGAACAAGCCUUCGAUUGCUCGCUUUCAAAUCUCAGCAUGCCAAUGACAGGCAAUGAAAUAUGCACUGGAGGAGAGAAACUGAAGAACCUUCCCAAAUCUGUUUUUGAAAUCCAUAUGACUGGUCACAGCUAUAGUGUCUACACUGCAGUCUAUGCAAUAGCCCAUGCUUUGCAUGGCAUGGAAACCUCUAGAUCUCAUCAUAGAAGAGUGAAGAGGUAUAAAAGUGUUGAGCUUCAAAACCUCCAGCCUUGGCAGCUCCAUACAUUUCUUCAAGGCAUUUCUUUUAACAACUCAGCUGGAGAAACAAUGUCCUUUAAUGAUAACAGGGAGAUGGUUACUGGGUUUGACAUAAUGAACAUGGUCACAUUUUCAAACAACUCCUUCCAUAGAGUGAAGGUUGGAAGGGUGAACCCCAAUGCCCUUGAAAGGAAUGCAUUCAUCAUUAAUGAGGAUAUAAUUGAGUGGCACAAGAGUUUUAACAAGGUACGUCCCCUUUCGAAGUGUAGCAACCCCUGCCAUGCUGGAUACCAUAAAAGAAAGAAGGAAGGGAAGAAAUUUUGCUGCUAUGAUUGUGCUCCCUGUCCAGAAGGGAAGAUCUCCAACCAGACUGACAUGGAUGGCUGUUCCACAUGUCCUAAAGGGAAAUAUCCAAGCAAGGACCGAGAUGGAUGCCUCCCUAAAACAAUAAGCUUCCUGUCUUAUGAAGAACCCUUAGGAAUCAGUUUAGCUUCUGUGGCCACGUCCUUUUCCCUGAUCACAGGAUUGGUUCUUAGAACUUUUAUUAAGCACAGAGAUACACCUAUAGUCAAAGCUAACAAUCGAGAACUCACCUCUGUGCUGCUCAUCUCCCUCCUGCUCAGCUUCCUCUCUUCUUUUCUAUUCCUUGGCCAGCCUGGGAAGGUGACUUGUUUUCUCCAACAAUCUGCUUUCGGCAUCAUCUUCUCCAUGUCUGUUUCUUGUGUGUUGGCCAAAACCAUCACUGUUCUUCUAGCUUUCAUGGCUACCCAACCAGGGUCCCAUCUAAGAAAGUGGGUGGGAAAAAGACUGCCGAACACCAUUGUUCUUUCUGGCUCCCUUUUUCAAGUUGGCCUUUGCUCAGUAUGGCUUGGAAGCUCUCCCCCAUUCCAAGAUUUAGACAUGCACUCAAUUGCUACAGAAAUCAUCAUGCAAUGUAAUUCAGGGUCUGUCCUCAUGUUCUAUCUCGUCCUGGGCUACAUCGGACUUCUGGCCAUCAUCAGUUUCACUGUGGCUUUCUUUGCCAGGAAGUUGCCUGACAGUUUCAAUGAAGCCAAGUUCAUCACCUUCAGCAUGCUGGUGUUUUGCACUGUUUGGCUGUCCUUUGUUCCGACAUACUUGAGCACCAAAGGGAAAUAUAUGGUAGCCAUGGAGAUCUUCUCCAUCUUAGCAUCCAGUGCUGGAUUGCUGUGCUGUAUCUUUUUCCCCAAAUGCUACCUGAUUGUUCUGAGGCCUGAGUUGAACAAUAAAGAGCAGGUGAUAAGCAGAAAGUCCUGA